AUGAAGCGAUCCGCCUCGACCUGUAUCAAGCGCAGCAUUAGCUGCGUCGACCUGCCUGCCCUCGAGGUCGAGAACGAGCUCCACCCGCGCAAGCGCAUCUCGCAACUUCGCCACCGCAGCCUCUCGGCCGCCGACCUGGCUCGGAAAGCGCGCGUCGACGAAUGGAUCGCCGAGCUCUACGACACACCGCAGCCCCAAGACGAGCUCUCGACCUUGCUGCAGGGCCCGACUACGACACCCUUUGAUCUCAACGCCAAGGGCAAGGACUUCGACGCGGGCAUGCAGCUCGAGCUUCUCAACUUUUGGCAGCACUCGUGGCUGCACGACGCGACCGUCGACGAAGCACCGCGCCUCUGCUAAACACGCCAUGCGCCCUAUUUAUUCCGCUAGUUUACUUAUUUUAACACCAUUAUUCAUCCCAAAUGAUCAACAA